AUGUUCACCAAAGAGAUGUUGACUGAGCAAUUCAAUCAAGUGGUAAUUAGCAAAGAUGAAGACAGUGGAAAAGACAUUGUUCCGUUGUCUGGAUCAGAGGAUUCAAAGGUUAAUGCCGAACAAACGGUAAGGAAGCAGAGUAAGCGAAAGAAUGAAAAUACCGAGAAAAGACCGAUGAAGAAGAAAAAAGAGUUGCAGUGGAAACGAGAGGAUUGUGCGCAGCCAGUUGGCAAAGUGAUUAAGUUUACUGGUACAGGACUUAAGAAGAAAGGCCACUACAAGAAAUUUGAGUUUCGUGGCAUAAAAUAUGAACUGGACAUUUAUAUAAUAGGCAAAGAAGGAUACGUGAAGCUUGUAGUGCAGUGGUUUUAUCGUCCAGAAGAUGUCGAGGAAGAAUAUCUCGGAAAAUGGGAAUCCAAAGAUGCAAGGGACCUCUUCUACAGUUUCCAUCGCGAUGAAGUGUUUGCUGAAUCCGUGAAGCACAAUUGCGUUGUGAAUUUCGUGCCGGAUAACAAGGAAGUCCCAGACAGUAAAGAUCAUCCUGGCUUUAUUGUGCAGAAUCUUUACGAUUUUGUUAAGAAGAAGCUGCGAAAGUUCACUGAUAAGGACUUUAACAAGCAGCAAAAGCAAGAGAUUGAUGCUCUCUUGGCACAGACGAUGUCGCGAGUUGGCGAUCUUCCUGACAUUGAGAAGGAGCAAAACAUUAAGAAAUCGAGGGGUAAACAAGCUGUUCCUGAAAGGACCAUCAAGAAAGCUAGGAGACUGAGUCCUAUCUUGGAGAAAUUUGGUAUGUUAACCGGAAAUUUGGAUCGUGACAAUAGAUUGGAUGAGCUUCUAAAGGCGGUGAAGCACAAGUGUCGUGUAACAAAGAAGAAACAAGCUGGUGAUUAUGAUCCUUUCUGGCCAGAUGAUGCAGUUCCUGUGGUGCGUACUCUUGAGCAUGUUUUAUUUGAGUCUUUCGGAGAGGAUAUGCCAAAGUACAAUAACAUAUCGAAGGAGCUAGUUGAUACACUCAAGAGCUCACGAGUGCUUGCUGAACGAAUCCUCCGUGGCGAAUUAAAACCAGAACAAGUUAAAACGAUGACGAGCAAUGAGCUAAUGAAUGGUCAUACUCUUGACGAGAUAACAACUGUCAUCGAAGAACCACCACUGAAGAGCGAUGAUCCAUCCACUUCCGGUCCAAAAGUAUAA